UUCUCCUCAAACACCUGUUGAUUAAACUAGCUCGGUGGCCGGCUGAACCCGAGACAUUCAAUGGCCUCUAAACGAGCCUUCAGUGAGGAGGACUUCACCUGCCCGGUGUGCUGUGACAUUUUUAAGGAGCCGGUUCUCCUCUCUUGUGGUCACAGCGUGUGCCGGCGCUGUGUUCGGCGGUACUGGAGAUCUAAACGCACCCGGGAGUGUCCGCUCUGCAGGGAACCGUGCUCUAGGGACCCUCCCGUUAACCUGGCCCUGAGAAACCUGAGUCAGACCUUCCAGGAGGUCCAGGAAGACCCAGAAACGCUGUGUGAUAUUCACGGAGAAAGGCUGAAGCUGUACUGCGUGGACGAGGCUCAGCCUGUGUGUGUGGUGUGUCGAGACUCGCUCUUGCACCAGCACCACACAUUCCGUCCUGUCGAGGAGAUCGCGGCUGAGCUGAAGAAAACGCUUGAGAGUGAACUGAAGAUUGUGACCGCCAAAUCGAAGAACUUCCAAGAUGCCCAGCUUAACUACCAUCAAAAUAUUGACCACAUCAAGAAUCAAGUCCAGCACAUAGAGAAACAGAUUAAGGAGGAGUUUACGAAACUUCAUCAGUUUCUAGGAAAAGAAAUGAUACCCAUGCUAAAAACACUACGGGAGGAAGCAAAGGAGAAAAUACAGAGGCAAAAGGAAAGAAUUGAAAAAAUCAAUCAAGAGGAAGAGACCCUCUCAAAAACCGCUACAGACAUUGAAAAGGAACUACAAUCUGAAGAUAGCAAGUUCAUAAAGAACUUUGAGAAGACACUGGGGAAGUAAGUAGGAUUCCUCUAGCUUCUCAUUUUGUUUCAUUUUCCUCUCAUAGUUCUGAAUCCAAACCCCGCACCCCUGAAUUCUGACUUUUCAGAGCCCAGUGCACGCAGAUGGAUCCAGAAGUGGCUCCUAAAGAAGUGAUCAGUGAGGCAAAGUACCUGGGAAACCUGCAGUUCAGAGUCUGGGAGAAAAUGAAGAACAAUAUCAAAUACUCUCCUGUUUUUUUGGAUGAGCACACGGCUCAUACUCAGCUCGUCCUGUCCGCGGAUCUGACCAGUAUGAACUUCAGCGAUGACCAGGAAGAUGUAAGCAAUGUGAACAGCCAGAAGGGUCCGGACAUUCCGGAGCGGUUUGAUAGGUGUUUGUGUGUGUUAGGCUCUGAAGGCUUCUCUGUGGGGGUGCACAGCUGGGACAUUGAGGUAGGAAACAACACCUUCUGGAUGGUGGGUGUGGCCACAGAGUCCGUCCAUAGAAAAGUGCACAAUGUUUUCCCCAGUGGAGUUUGGGCUGUUGGGUUUGAUAAUAAGCGGCUGUGUGCUCGGUCUCCUUCAGAGCCAUACGUCCCUCUCAGUGAGGCUGCAAAACCCCAGGUGGUCAGAGUUCAUCUGGAUAUGAAUACUGGAGAAGUGCAGUUCUCAGACCCUCUUAGCAGCACCGUUAUCCACACAUUCAAGCACUGCUUCACAGAGAAAGUCUUUCCGUUCUUCCACACCCUGUGUAGUCUCUCUCCUCUGAAGAUCCUGCCCUUCCAGCCUUUUGUGGAAUUGAGAAGGUGCAGUUAACUCACAUUUUUCUGCAGCAAUAAGAAAAGCAUGUUGUACUUUUGGAUGAAUUUCUUGUAGCUAAUUUUUUUUUAAAAAUGUGUUUCAAAGUGAUAUCAUAUACAGUACAUAUGGUAAAUGUAAGUAUUCUGGGAAAAUAGUAUGUAAAGCAGUUUAUCUAGUCAUUAAUCAUGUAUUUGUUCAAACAAAAA